AUGGAUACUCCUGGCUCUGACCCACAAUGCAUAAACUCAGAAUAUAUCACUCGGCUUACGGAACGGAUCAACAGGCUUAAUGCGCUUACUGACAAUUCUGAUGAGCAAUUCGAUGAGCCAAUAUUACAAAAUGGUGAUUUUGGGUUUCCUCUUCUGGCAUCUCCGCGUUAUCCCGAUGAGCCGAAUAUCAUGCAAGAUGCAUUCAGUAUUAUGCAGGAAGUCGAUCCUAGUCGGGCCAUCUUUGAGACAAGACUUCAUCCCACCAUACCCAAGACAAGCACCGCUGUUCCUUUACCGCCGCGUGAAGAAAUGCAACGUCUAUUGGAUGUGUACUUUGAGCAUUUCAACCCCAUCUUCCCUCUAUUUCAACAGGAUGACUUCAGAGGUCUUGUCGAUCGUAUCUUCAAUCGGGAUUCCUCAAUAAGUGCAGGCUCCGGUGCUUGUGUCUAUGCGGUGAUUGCUCUAUCAUACAAGCUACAGCUAUGGUAUAGAUCAACCCCCGAAAAAGUGGCUGCAUCCUGGUUCUAUUUCAACGCUGCAACUCGUCUUCUGCCUGAGAUAUCAGUUGGAGAGGAUAAUCUUGAUAAUAUCCAAGCAUUGGCAUUGAUGACAAUCUUUCUCCAAGGAUCAAUGCAGUUCAACAAUGCUUCGAAUCUACUAGGGACUGCUAUACGGCAGACAUCUAGCUUUGACCUUUACUCGUCUUCUGCUUCUGAUCAAGAAUUGAUCUCGAAUAUUUGGCGAGUAUUGUUCGUCUUGGAUAAAGAGUGCUCUCUACAUUCGGGAUUACCACCGAUGAUAAAAAGUGAUUUUACGCGGGAUCUACCAUUUCCAUCCACUUGCCAGAGUUCUUUACGACACUACUACUCACUAGCACAGAUCGAAGAACAAAUAUAUCAAGAUCUUUACUCGGGAGAGCAGCAAACGGACCCUGAACAAUUACUCGACAUAGCCUGGAAGUUAGACCAUAAACUCAUAUCAUGGAAAAAUCAACUACCGCCACAGAUCCUGUCGGAUUUUAACCAGCCAAGUAAACAAUAUUUCCUUCUACACCUCAUGUACAAUAAUUCUCUCAUGACAGUCCAUCGUCUACCGGCCAUUCACUGUCCAUAUACCGGUCUUCUGUCACGAAUUGGACCUUCUUCAAAUCUAACGGUGCGGAUUGGACUAUCGGCUGAGAAACGGAUUGAGUCUGCGUGUUCAUCUAUUCAUCUCGUGCAGAAACUAGACCUGAGAUCUCCCGUCCCUUUUUGGCUCUUCCCCCCACACAUCAUCGCCAGCGUGGUUCUCCUCCUCGUAACCGUUAUUCUUUCAGAAGACUCUACUCAACACCAUAUCGAGGCAAUAGAUUCGGCGGUCUCGUUUGUCGAAUUAGUCAAUGAAAAAUCAGGUGGUGAAUUCCGACAAAUGCUGCGUAUAGCCUCUGGCACGGCAGACAUUGCAAGAAAAGUUUCCCUGAAAAGCAAAAAUGACCACCAAGCGGGGAAUGUUGCACGGGUUGCUAUAGAGAGUGCUGUUAGAGAGUUGCAUCGGGGAUUAAAGUCUAGAGAUCGGAACAGGGCAGUGCCACGAGGGAGAAAGCGAGUGGGCGGUAUGAACGAUACUGCUUCUGAUUUCUGGUGGAAUUUGGGCAGUGGAAAUGGCACGGAGAGUGAUAUUAAUUGGGAAGAAUACCUUUCCCAUGCCAUACUCAACUAG